AUGCAAAUAUACAAAGGCUUCGAUAUUGGGACAGCUAAAGUAUCCAAAGAAAUCCGUAAUACAAUCCCACAUCAUUUAUUAGAUGUUUUCGACGUUAAUGAAGAUUGCACAGCUUCAAAAUAUAUUAGCCUAGCAAUACCAAUAAUUGAUGGACUAAUUAGCAAAAAUACUAUUCCAAUUAUUGUUGGUGGUACUCAUAUGUAUCUCAAGGCAUUGAUUUGGGAGUCUAUAAUUGAUUCUAAAACGGAUAAUGACGUAAAUCCUUCAAUUAAAGACGAAGAAUACUUAGAAUUCACGAAUAGGGAGUUAUUUGAACAGCUUUCAAAAAUAGACCCUGAAAGAGCAUCAUCAUUACAUAUAAACGAUCGAAGAAAAAUGAUUAGAGGUAUAGAGGUAAAUUUUCUGCUAAUAUUUAUUCGUAUUAUUUAA